AUGACAAGCAACACACAAAAACCUGAUGAAAAUAGAAGUAAACGGAAAAAAGAGAUGGAGAAUGAAGCUUCGGAAAAUCCUCAGUUGUCCUCCCUUGACAAAACAGAUUUGGCUUUUUCUGAGGGCUCGCAGUCCCUUCACAAAGCUGAACCACUGGAAAAAGUUUUAAAUGAGAUGAACAAAGAAAUUAUGAACUUGUUAUCAAAAUAUGCUCACAUAUUAAGUGAGAGAGCAGCGAUGGAUGCUUCUUAUGUCCAAGAACUUGAUGGGAUCUUAAAAGAAGCAAGGACCAUAGAAACCCACUUAAAACAGAAAAGAGAGAGUCUGAAACAGAAAUUCACUGUGAUUGCAAGUACUCUGCAAAGCUAAAUGGAGUUUGUUAGAUUGCAGAAAUGCAGAGCAAAACUUGUAGUAUAUUUUGUGUAUUAAAAUAGAGACUGAGUGCAAUGAUAAAUGUUUCAUAAAUGUAUUAAAUAUUUCUAGCAGUUCAGGAAACUUUCAUCAACUUAAGCAGCAACUUUUUUAAAAUAAGUAGAUACGAUACAUGGGAUAGUGGUAGAUAGUAACAAUAUGAAAUAUCCAUUUAAAAUCCUAUUGCUCCAAGGGAUUCUAUACAUUAAAAGAUCUUUUUUUACUUGUUGAUACAUCACUUAGGCUGUCCCUAAACUUCCAUCCCCAGAAAAUACUGGAAGCAUUUGAAAAAGAAAGUAGAAAGAAUUUUGCAUUGUUUGGCUUUAAGGUUAUGGAAGUUUAAUGCAACUGAAUUCUGAAGCAGCCAUGGUAUUUCUAAUGUUACUGCUAAGGGUGUUUUUUUCUUUUAUUGUCACAACCAGUCUCUCACUCUAGAAUAUAGUAUAGAAAUAUAUCUAUGAAACAUGGGAUUUUGCAAUGUAAGUGGAAAAGGACCUCAGAUUAUUUUAUGGUUGGGGUUUUUUUGUGUUUUCUUUCUACUGUAGAAAAUGUUUUGGUGCUAAAAUCUUAGUAGAAUGUACUUGCAAUCUUACUUCCAUUUUGUCUCAGAAUAUAAAUAGAUUGAAAAGAUCAGCUUAGAAAUAGUGUUCUAUAUAUAAAGAGAUAUAAAGUCUUAACUUGAAAAUAUAUUUUAAUACUUCUACAGCUUUUCAAGUGAAACCAAUGCCAUUCUGAUAUAAACAUAAAAGCACAUCAUCAAAACUCUGCUGGUAAUGUCAAUAAAUAGAGUGACAUCUAGAUGAUGUUAACAUAAUCUAGAAUUACACUGCUCUUUUAUUUUGUUAUUUAGAAUCAUCAGUAUUAUUUGCUGUAUAUCCAGUUUAUUUAAAGAUGCUUAUGGUGGUUUUGAGCACUUUUUCUUUCUUGUCAUUUGACUGUUAAAAAAGGUGAAACAUAAAAAUGUACAAAGCGACAUUGGUACAAAUUGUGAGCCUAACGUAAUAAAGAAAAAUGCUGGAUAGUCCUGUUGCUAGCAUAAGAUAUAUCCUUACCCCACUGUGUAUUAGUUUUCUCUGGAAAUCCUUUCAGACUUAAUGAAUCCUCCUUUCCCCCUUUUAUUAGGUAAAAGUCACAAGCACCUGUCAGACUGAUACUGUUUAAAACAAACAAUGAGAGAAACUGGACAUGUAGGGUGAGAUUUUCCAGGGUAUUUAGAUACCUAAAGAUGCAGAUAUGUACUUAGUAGGAUUUUCGAACCGCCUAAGCAUGUAAGCGCCUUACUUGCUUAGGAAUUUUUGAAAAUCCCGUAAGGUGCCUAUCUGCAUCUUUAGCAUCUAAAGACUUUCAAAACUCUUGCCAUUAGUCUACAUCAUAUUUACCAGUCUUUUACUUUUUUAAUUAAUCACAUCUCGUUUGCAAUCAGUCUUGAUAAUGUUGUUUAAACAGAAGAAAGUGGGAGAAAAAGAGAUUUUGGAAGUUAAAUUUCCUAGAAUAUUGUGUUAAGUGUUUCUAAAAUCUCCAAUCAUCUAUAAGGAUGACAAAAAGCAGAGUUUUAAACUGUCAUCUGUGAAGUGUAUGAAGUUACAUAUUUACCUACGGUUAUUUCUGUAAGCCUUUUAAAAAAAAAAUUACACAAAUUUCGUUGCUGUUAAAUACCUGCCUCUUAUUGAAGUCAGAAGCUUGCUGCAUAUUAUCUGUUUGUGCUUGGGAAAACAGAUCACCUGGAUUUAGAUCGUCUAGAUUCAGUUUAUGUGGCUAAUAUAUCCAAGUUGCAAACCUUUGGCUCUAGUAUUAAGUAUUAUUAAGAAGCAGAACUUAGAAAACUAUUGGAUCACAAUAUAAGUUUCUUCCCUUUAGGGGAUCAAGAGGGCACAGACUCAUAGUGUUACUGUUGCAGCAGUUUGCUCCAUUUCAAAACUUUGUAAAAUCCCAUUAAAAAAAAGUAAAACUAUACUACUAAGAAGAAUGACAAACUGCUUAGUUUGGCAUUCAAGUGCAGUUAAAAUCAAGACAUACCUCUAAAUGAUGACUCUUGUUUUUCUGCAGUGAUUUCUUAUGCAGUUGGUUGUCAUUACAUGUUAUAAUUUAGACUGGGGUCUCUAUGGUAGCAAGGGGAGUUUAGAAUUUGAAGAGACAUUGACAGUAAAGUCAGUAAAUAUGACCAUAGGAACCUAGCAGAGAUUAUGAACACUGUGGUUAUGCUUACUAAAGGGAAGUAAUUCAA